AUGAACGCAAUCAGGAUCACCGAAUUUGUUUCCUCGUUGGUCUCUCUUGCUCCCCAAUGCGUCCCUUUCCCCGCGGAACCCGCCAAGGGUGAGGUUCUCGUCGCGAUCCAUUGCGCAGCGCUGAACCAUGUCGACCUUCUCUAUGCGCAGGGGAAGCACCAGAAUAACACAUCCUUGAUCCGACCCCCAUUCACCCUUGGGCUCGAGUUCGCAGGCACCGUUGUCGCUGUCGGGCCUUUAUCGUCCGCUGGCGAUGCAUCCUUCAAACCCGGCGAUCGGGUUUUUGGUGCUGGGCUGGGCGCAUACGCUGAACAGAUCCUUGUCCCGACGCGUGCGCUCCGCCGUAUUCCGGACAGUUGGACGUUCGAAGCUGCAGCCGGGCUUGCAGCGACGGCCAAUGUCGCCUAUGGCGCUGUUGCCAUUCGGGCUGGGGUCAAGAAUGGCGAUUGGGUGAUGAUCCACGGGGCAGCUGGUGGGAUAGGCCUGUAUGCCUGCCAGGUCGCUAAGGCUCUAGGAGCUCGAGUUAUUGCAGGCAUCAGAGACGAGAAAGACUCGGACAAGGUCCAGAUCCUAAAGUCCCUGGGCUGCGUUGACGGUAUCGUGGCCACCGGAACUACCCCUGGUUGGGAAGCCCAGGUCAAGACUAUAACGGCAGGCCGCGGCGUGGAUGUCGUUAUUGAUAAUGUUGGACUCGUAAAAGAGAGCAUCCGCUGUUUGAAAAACGUGGGCGGCAAGGUCGUUCUUGUUGGCUUUGCUGGUCGAGGAGGCGUUAUGGAGCAGAUCCCGGCAAACAGGAUAUUGCUUAAACAAGCUGUGGUAAUAGGCUAUAGAUACGGAGAAACCGACCGAAACCACCCACAAGAGUCGGCGCAGGUAUGGAAAGGUCUGAUGGAGAUGCUUGAUUCGGGUGCUGUGAAGCCAGUUGUCUAUACCAAGAAAUACUACGGGCUGGAGAGUGUCAGGGUGGCCAUGGAGGAUCUGCAGGCCAGGAAGAUAUACGGGAAAGCGAUUAUCUACAUCCAAGACCGUAGGACAUCUUCAUUGUAG